AGGCCCUGGGUUUCUGGCCGUGGACUCUAACGCGUCAUCUCCUCCAGGAAGCUCGCGAGAGCUGGGGCUGGGCUGGACGCGCCUCCUUGGGGAGCACUGCAUGCGCCUCCUUGGGGAGCACUGCAUGCGCCUCCUUGGGGAGCACUGCAUGCGCCUCCUUGGGGAGCACUGCAUCCACCUCACCUGCCACCGAAAUGCAUCUGUGGACCUCCGCUGGGGUUGAGCUCCUCUGGGUAGUAACCAGGAAGGUCUUAUUUUCUAUAUCCGUGCGCCUGGCUCAGCGGCACACUUCUUUCUCCCGCAGCUGAGUGGGAGCCGCAAAACCGAGACCUGUUUCCCUGGUAACGCUCCGAGCGCCUGGGCCUGCGACCCCUCCCUUUCUCGCGAGAAGAGACUGCCCCGUUCUUCCGGUAACUUUAGAGCCGCUUGCCGGUGGCCUCCCGCUUGAGCUUGGCUUUGCGCAUGCCCAGAGAGAGUGGCGCGAGCCUGCGCUUUCCGGCCAGAGGACAUGAUGCAGGGGGAGGCACACCCUAGUGCUUCCCUUAUUGACAGAACCAUCAAGAUGAGAAAAGAAACAGAGGCUAGGAAAGUGGUCUUAGCCUGGGGACUCCUAAAUGUAUCUAUGGCUGGAAUGAUAUAUACUGAAAUGACUGGAAAAUUGAUUAGUUCAUACUACAAUGUGACAUACUGGCCCCUCUGGUAUAUUGAGCUUGCCCUUGCAUCUCUCUUCAGCCUUAAUGCCUUAUUUGAUUUUUGGAGAUAUUUCAAAUAUACUGUGGCACCAACAAGUCUGGUUGUUAGUCCUGGACAGCAAACACUUUUAGGGUUGAAAACAGCUGUUGUACAGACUACGCCUCCGCAUGAUCUGGCAGCAACCCAAAUCCCUCCCGCUCCACCUUCCCCUUCAAUUCAGGGUCAGAGUGUGUUGAGUUAUAGCCCUUCUCGUUCGCCCAGUACCAGUCCCAAGUUCACCACCAGCUGUAUGACUGGUUACAGCCCUCAGCUGCAAGGUCUGUCCUCAGGUGGCAGUGGUUCUUAUAGCCCUGGAGUGACCUACUCGCCCGUCAGUGGUUAUAAUAAGUUGGCGAGCUUUAGCCCCUCUCCUCCUUCUCCGUACCCUACCACUGUUGGACCAGUGGAGAGCAGUGGAUUGAGAUCUCGCUACCGUUCUUCACCUACCGUCUACAACUCACCUACUGACAAAGAAGACUACAUGACCGACCUACGAACUUUGGAUACUUUUCUCAGAAGUGAAGAGGAGAAACAGCAUAGGGUUAAGCUAGGGAGCCCAGAUUCUACCUCUCCUUCCAGCAGUCCUACUUUCUGGAACUAUAGUCGUUCUAUGGGGGAUUAUGCACAAACUUUAAAGAAGUUUCAGUAUCAGCUUGCCUGUAGGUCUCAGGCCCCAUGUGCUAACAAAGAUGAAGCCGAUCUCAGCUCUAAACAAGCCGCAGAAGAGGUCUGGGCAAGGGUGGCUAUGAAUAGACAACUUCUUGAUCAUAUGGAUUCAUGGACAGCUAAAUUUAGAAAUUGGAUCAAUGAGACAAUAUUAGUGCCACUUGUUCAAGAGAUUGAGUCUGUCAGCACACAGAUGAGACGAAUGGGUUGUCCAGAGCUACAGAUAGGAGAGGCUAGUAUUACUAGCUUGAAACAAGCUGCCCUGGUUAAAGCGCCUCUCAUUCCGACUUUGAACACAAUCGUUCAGUAUCUAGACCUUACUCCAAAUCAGGAAUACUUGUUUGAAAGGAUCAAAGAACUCUCUCAGGGAGGUUGUAUGAGCUCAUUUCGAUGGAACAGAGGUGGCGACUUCAAAGGACGAAAGUGGGAUACAGACCUGCCCACCGAUUCUGCUAUCAUCAUGCAUGUAUUUUGCACCUACCUUGAUUCCAGAUUACCUCCGCAUCCGAAGUAUCCCGACGGAAAAACUUUUACUUCUCAGCACUUUGUUCAGACACCAAAUAAACCAGAUGUUACAAAUGAGAAUGUUUUUUGCAUUUAUCAGAGUGCUAUCAACCCUCCCCAUUAUGAGCUCAUCUACCAGAGUCAUGUAUACAACCUGCCAAAGGGCAGAAAUAAUAUGUUUCAUACAUUGUUGAUGUUUCUCUACAUCAUAAAGACCAAAGAGUCAGGAAUGCUUGGGAGAGUUAAUCUUGGUCUAUCUGGUGUGAAUAUAUUGUGGAUCUUUGGCGAGUAGCAAGUCAUAUAUUUAAUUCCGACAUUUAGACUAUUUCACUGAACCAGAAGUCGAAACUAAACAUCUCUGAGCCACUGACUCUUCUGAAAUAAAAUACACAUGGGUGUAUGUUACAGACUCUUUAGAUUUAACAGAAAAUGUAGCUGUUAUGAAAUGUAAUUGUAAAAAUAUGUCCCUUAUCUUCUGUAUCGAGACAUUGCCUUUAAUUUUAUAUCACUUUUCAGAAAUUUCAGUUGACUACCAAACUGCAACCCUUCGGAUUUUUAUUGACUCAAAAUAGUGCCAUUCCCCUUAAUGAAAUAGAUUUUGAGUCUUUUUUUUCAUUAUAACCCCCAAAUGAGAAUCAUCUACCUGAUUCUUGUACCAUAAAAAAAUUUUUUUCAGUCUUUUUUUUUUUUAGAGAGGGUCUCUGUCACGCAGACUGGAGUGCAGUGGCACGAUCUUAGCUCACUGCAACUUCUGCCUCCCAGGUUCAAGCAAUUCUCCUGCCUCAGCCUCCUGAGUAGCUGGGAUUACAGGCACGCACCACCACGCCCAGCUAAUUUUUGUAUUUUUAGUAGAGACAGGGUUUCACCAUGUUGGCCAGGCUGGUCCCGAACUCCUGACCUCAGGUGAUCCACCCACCUCGGCCUCCCAAAGUGCUGGGAUUAUAGGCGCGAGCCACUGCGCCCAGCCUCAGUUAUUUUAUUUAACAGUAUAAGUACUUAGAAAGUAAGAAAAUUGCUGAUUUAGUUUUUUUUUUUUUUUUUUUUAAUGUUUCCCCAGCAUUCUGCAAGUUAGGCCAAAGCCCACAUUCAAAGAAAUGAGAUUAACUCUUAAGUAAUGUAUUAAGUUUAUGUAUAUUUUAAAAUAUUAUUAAAGGAGGUUUGAAAGUAUUGACAUUUAAAAAGUCAACACUUAGAUUAAAUUUAGCUGGUAGUUUUAAUUUGGGUUUUAGUUAAGAGUGUGAGGACAUCAGGAAAACUGUUUACCACUUUGGUUUUAGCAGCUCAGUUUUACUAUUCCAUAAUAUGUUAUUUUUAAAGUUCUCUUUUUAAGAUCACAGUGAUAUCCUGUCUGUUUAAAUUUUUUAAAUAUGUUCAAAAUAUCUGGAGGGUGAGAAGUUACCAAGUUUGUAUGUUUUGUUUGACUCACCAUCUUUAUUUUCUGUAUAUAUAUGUAGUAGCUGGCAAUUGCGUGUAUUUUCUUGAUUAACAUAUUAGAGACUGCUUCCAUCAUCUUAUGUAAACCUGGAAACAGCUGAAACUAGUCUUUUCUGAAGAACUGUUUAUCAGUAUUAGAUGUGCAUCCCAUUUUGUCAUUCCCUCAGACUUUGAAUACAGUCAUUACUCUGGAAGAGAAAUGUAAGUAUUUUUUUUGUUAUCUGCAGUAUGGUUUAACAUGUAUUAAUAAUACACAUAUGCAGACUCACUAAAGUAUCCCCAGUAAUUAGUAAAUUCCAAAUUUAAGUCAGUACAGUUCUGUAUUUGUAAAUUCUGUCUUUCAAAAAGUUGUUCGUGUUUUUAAAAGUUGAUGUCCAAAGGAAAGGAGCUUCUUUUAAGUACUUUUGGUGUAUGUUAAAUAUUUAUUUGCUAUGAUAUUCUAGAAGAAAAUAUCAAACAUGUUAAAUAUAAGAACAUGUUAAAAUUUAAAUUUGCUAUUUCAAAAGUUACUGAAGAUGUCUUGGAAUAACAAUUGUCAUGCUGUUAAACUAGUUGCAUAUACUUCAUUAAAAGCACCGUGGAGAAACAUUUCAACAAUG